GUGGAUGGCUGGAGGAAGGGGUCGGGGUCAGGGGACGGCCCCUAGACGGAGGAAGGGCUCGGAGGUCUCGGCUGGCUCCGCGUGUCUGUUCCUGUGCUGGUCCCACAGCCUCUGGCUACCAGACGCUAGGGUUUACUGGACAGUGUCAGUUGUGGGGUUCAGAAGGUUUGCUGGGGUAUGAGAUCUGAGCCCAAUUUCUCUGUUGGGAUUUGAGGUUUAAGUAGCAAUCACCAUCAUGCUCAAAGCCGUGAUCUUGAUUGGAGGCCCUCAAAAGGGCACUCGCUUCAGGCCUUUGUCUUUUGAGGUGCCCAAACCACUGUUUCCUGUGGCAGGGGUCCCUAUGAUCCAGCACCAUAUCGAGUCCUGUGCCCAGGUCCCUGGGAUGCAGGAGAUUCUGCUCAUUGGCUUUUACCAACCCGAUGAGUCCCUUACCCAGUUCCUAGAAGCUGCCCAGCAGGAGUUUAACCUUCCAGUCAGGUACCUGCAGGAAUUUGCACCCCUGGGCACAGGAGGUGGUCUCUACCAUUUCCGGGACCAGAUUCUGGCUGGGAGCCCCGAGGCGUUCUUUGUGCUCAACGCUGACGUCUGCUCUGACUUCCCCUUGAAUGCUAUGUUGGAUGCCCACAGACGCCAGCCUCACCCUUUUUUACUCCUUGGCACAACGGCUAACAGGACACAAUCCCUCAACUAUGGCUGCAUUGUUGAGAAUCCAGAAACGCAUGAGGUCCUGCACUAUGUGGAGAAACCCAGCACAUUUAUUAGUGACAUCAUCAACUGCGGCAUCUAUCUCUUUUCCCCGGAAGCCCUGAAGCCUCUUCGGGAUGUGUUUCAGCGAAAUCAGCAAGAUAGGCAACUCUGCCUUGCUCUGGGGGAGGACUCUCCAGGCUUGUGGCCAGGGGCAGGUACCAUCCGCCUGGAGCAGGAUGUGUUCUCAGCCCUGGCAGGGCAGGGCCAGAUCUAUGUGCACCUCACCGAUGGUAUCUGGAGCCAGAUCAAGUCUGCAGGCUCAGCCCUCUAUGCCUCCCGCCUCUAUCUGAGCCGAUACCAGUUCACUCACCCAGAAAGGCUGGCGAAACACACUCCAGGGGGUCCACGAAUCCGAGGAAAUGUUUACAUCCACCCAACGGCUAAGGUGGCCCCAUCAGCUGUGCUGGGCCCCAAUGUCUCCAUCGGAAAGGGGGUGACCGUGGGCGAGGGUGUGAGGCUCCGAGAGAGCAUUGUCCUCCAUGGAGCCACGUUGCAGGAGCAUACGUGUGUCUUGCACAGCAUCGUGGGAUGGGGGAGCACUGUAGGACGCUGGGCCCGCGUGGAGGGUACCCCCAAUGACCCCAACCCCAAUGACCCCCGAGCCCGCAUGGACAGUGAGAGCCUCUUCAAGGAUGGGAAGCUGCUGCCUGCCAUCACCAUCCUGGGCUGCCGCGUCCGGAUCCCUGCCGAGGUGCUCAUCCUGAACUCAAUUGUUCUGCCACAUAAGGAGCUGAGCCGCAGCUUCACCAACCAGAUCAUCCUCUGAGGGGGUUGCCAGAAGGCCCCCCAAUGCCUAUCUGCUCCCCUUGAGGCUGCUGCCUGCUUGGCCAGCCUCUGUCCAGAAAGGACCAGAGGAAGCCAGGCAGGAUCUUCACCCAGCGGGAACAAUGUGGGUGGCCUGGGGGACUCCUGGCCUCCCUCCCCACUCCCUAAUAAACCCUGUGAACCUUAGAGCCA